CGCGGUAGCUCAGGCCUGUCAUCCCUGCACUUGGGAAGGCUGAGGCCAGGGUAUCUCUUGAGCUCACAAGUUAGAAGCCUGGUCCUGGGCUAGCUAGAGAGAUCUAGGUCUCUACAAUAAAAAAAGACAAAAAACCACUCAGCCUUUAGUCAUCUACAACGUCCUGCCUGGAAGCACGCUAUCUGGGGCCCGUGAGUCCUCGCUUCUGUGCCGGGGAGAGCCCAACCCUGCCCGAAACGUCUGAAACUGGUGCCUGGAUACAGGAAGGCGAGAGCGGGGACUGGCCGGGCGGCCGUCGGAAGGGCGCCGCGGCGGGCGCGCCUGGGGAGAUCCGCGUCGGACAGUCACGUGACGGGACCCAGCCUCCCGAGGGAGCGAGGCAGGUGCGGUCACGUGACCCGGCGGCGCUGUGGGGCAGCCACCCGCGGCGGCCAUUUUGCGGGGCGACCACGUGAGGGACGCACGUUCAGCGGGGCGCUCACGUGACCCGGGGCGCGCUGCGGCCGCCCGCGCGGACCCGGCGAGAGGCGGCGGCGGGAGCAGCGGUGAUGGACGGGUCCGGGGAGCAGCCUAGAGGCGAGGGGCCCACCAGCUCUGAGCAGAUCAUGAAGACAGGGGCCCUUUUGCUUCAGGGUUUCAUCCAGGAUCGAGCAGGGCGAAUCGGAGGGGAGGCACCCGAGCUGGCCCUGGACCCGGUGCCCCAGGAUGCGUCCACCAAGAAGCUGAGCGAGUGUCUCAAGCGCAUCGGAGACGAACUGGACAGUAACAUGGAGCUGCAGAGGAUGAUCGCCACUGUGGACACAAACUCCCCCCGAGAGGUCUUUUUCCGAGUGGCGGCUGACAUGUUCUCUGAUGGCAACUUCAACUGGGGCCGGGUUGUCGCCUUUUUCUACUUUGCCAGCAAACUGGUGCUCAAGGCCCUGUGUGCCAAGGUGCCCGAGCUGAUCAGAACCAUCAUGGGCUGGACUUUGGACUUCCUCCGGGAGCGGCUGUUGGGCUGGAUCCAAGACCAGGGUGGUUGGGAUAGCCUCCUCUCCUACUUUGGGACACCCACGUGGCAGACAGUGACCAUCUUUGUGGCUGGAGUGCUCACCGCCUCACUUACCAUCUGGAAGAACAUGGGCUGAGGCCCCCAGCUGCCUUGGACUGUUUUUCCUCCAUAAAUUAUGGCAUUUUUCCGGGAGGGGUGGGGAUUGGGAGACGUGGGCAUUUUUCUUACUUUUGUAAUUAUUGGGGAGGGUGGGGGAGGAGUGGUCUGGAGGGGGUAAUAAACCUCCUUCGGGACACA